CAGCUGUUUUUGCAUUUUUAAUCUUCGUCGGUGUUUCUUUUGUUCAUAUAGUAUUCCUUAAAACUCAAGAAAGUAGGACAAAUGGUCUAAUAGUUAUAUAUUCCUCUAUAUCAGCACUUUAUUAGCUUAGUUCAAUAUAAGUAUUCAACAGUAAUUAAUGGCUCAAGUAGAUAGGGUUUACAUUUUGCGAAUUAUGCGGGCGUCUGCAAUAUGAGGAGUUUUGUUUAUGCAUAAAAGAAAGAAGAAAACAAAGAAACCCAAACCGAAGCUGACGAGUCACUUGUGCGUAUCGGUAAUCUAUAAAACUAUCUGUAGGAAUAUAGGUUCUGCCCCAGAUUUCCAACGCCAUUUAUUUGCGAUUACGCUCAAUCAAGCUCUUAUCUGCAAAAUUCUGGGCCUUAAAAUUAGUCAUGCCUACAAACUCUAGAUAAAUCCUGGAUUUCGGAAUGGAAAACUUGAGCUAAAGUCGGAACCAUCAUGUCUCAAAGCGAUCCAAACGAUGUUCGCAGUGCUGCCCAGCUCAUUUUGACCAAUGCGCGGCAGGGAAAUAGUGCCUACCACAUGCAGUACGACAUGUCGCGAUCACAUUCCAUCAACCUGAUUACGGAGGACUUCCUGGCCGGCUACAUGCAGGAUGGUCGCAUGUCUGUGGUGCGGCGUUUCUUCUGCCUGUUUGUUACAUUCGAUCUGGUCUUCGUCUCGCUGCUCUGGCUCAUUUGCAUUGUGAUCGACGGUGACAAUAUAUUCAAUGCCUUUCGCAAGCAGAUCUUGGAGUAUACCAUCUACAAGUCUCUCUUUGAUGUGGUGGCCAUUGCCAUCUGCCGCUUCGUGGUGCUCAUUUUCUUUUAUGCCAUAUUGUACAUCAAUCACUGGUCCAUCAUAGCGCUCUCUACAAGUGGGUCUUGCUUGUUCCUUAUCUCUAAGGUGUUUGUGUUCGAUUGGCUGCAAACAAAGCAACAAGUAUUCGAAGUUAUACUUAUAAUAACCUCGUUUAUUUUGGCUUGGGGCGAAGCCUGGUUCCUGGAUUGCCGGGUUAUACCACAAGAGCGACAUGCCCGGCACUAUUUCCGAUCCAUGACAUCGACGAAUGAUCGCACUCCCUUGGUGCAGCCGGCCAUUUUGACUGAGAACGAACGGGUGCCGCAAAGUGUAACUGAUUUCUAUUCACCCAUGGACACGGCGCGUCACUCCGACGAGGAGGAAGAGGAGGAUGAAGAAUACAACCAAAUGGGCCUGGAUUGCCUGCGAAAGGCCUAUGCCAUCAUAGAGUCCAGCGACUGGAAGGUGGAGAAGGUGACACACAAGGGCGACACCAUUCACAGCACCCAACGGGAGAAGAUAGGCAAGAUUUACAAGUUGACAGCGCGAAUCAAGUACCCAGCAAAGGCUCUAAUGGAAGAUCUGUUCUACCGCAUUGAAGACUGUCCCAAGUGGAAUCCUGCGCUGCUGGAGUCAAGAAUUGUGCGAAAAAUCAACUCCUACACUGAUAUAACCUAUCAGGUGUCCAUUGGCGGUGGUGGUGGCAUGGUCAAGAGCCGCGACUUUGUGAAUCUGCGUUCAUGUCGCUUGUUUUACAAUGGCAAACUCUGCGAUGACGAUGAAGCCGCCCAGCUGAGCAGCGACGAUGAUAGUCCCCUUAAUCGCUCUUGCGAGGGCAGUGUGAGCACCCUUUCCGAUGGGGAAUCCAACACACCAUUACCCGGCAGCGUUUCCAGUUGCAAGGCCAAGUUUCCCAGCUCGUCCACAGGUCCUGCCACGCCAUUCGAUACCUUGGGCAACAGCUUGGGCGCCAAGAGCCUAGGUCCCAUUCUCAACUUUGAAGAAGAGCCACCGCCGCUGGAUCAAGAUGAGUUUGAGGAUGCCAAGGAUAGGGUGGAUGAGGCGGAAGCCAAACCUAGUGUCCCAAGCGUGGGCAAGACCAAGGAUAAAGUAUGGGUUAGCUCUGCUAGCAGUGUGCAAUAUGCUGGAAUGCCGCCAUCAUCCAAGUACACGAGAGGAGAGAACAUUGUGACUGGGUUUGCCUUUCGCGAAAUCGUUGGCAAGCCGGACAGCUGCAUUGUGGAAUGGGUGCUGUGCUUGGACCUGAAAGGCUACAUACCCCGCUAUGUCUUGGAUGCGGCCCUCACAUCCUCCAUGACCGAUUACAUAACCAACCUGCGCAAGCAUGUCAACGAACUGAGGCACCGGGGUCGUGGCCGCGUCCCCAGGACCCACUAGUAGCCAGGAACUGUAUUUUAACUGUAAUCCGAUUGUAUCUCAGAAGUAUCUAUUAGAAUAUUUCAAUAAUUUUGAAACGAGA